GUAUGGACAAUAACGUAUGCUAACGGAGGUGAUCAACAAUCUUCAUUUCUAAUCAGAUUCAACUGAUGCGAUCUAUAAAGUCUGCAAUGAAUAAGCCCAGAUCUCUAUCCUUUGUACACGUGGCGCUUCUCGAAAGAUCUUUGCUGUGUCAUGUUUGGAUUUAUUAUACCAUACUGCGGUGAAAUGUGGGCCGUGUUUCUUUGUGUAGCAUUCGUCAUCUUGUCCCGGGCACAAGCCAUCACAGAUCCUCUGCCUACCGCUACAAUCGAACCCUUCUCCAUAUCCAUAAGAUGUCCACAGAAGACAGAGUUUCAAUACAAGCGGUCAGACGCGUCUGGCGCUGAUCUUGUCGUCUACUACGCGUGCGCACCACCUGGGCAAGCUGAUGGACCCGAGAUGUCCCAGACUAUCCACUGCACUAACAACAUGAAAGCCACGUACAGACGAGACCUGAUCCCAGACAGCAUGAAGAAAGCUGCUGCUGCCAUGGCAACCAAGAGGGGUCUUAUCUCUACGCCUGGACAGGAGCCAGACUUUGGACUAUUCGGAACGGGACCAGAUUUCGAGAUAAAGAACGGAUGCGUGAUGGUCUAUGCAUGCCUGAACCCAAACUAAAGAUUUGCUUCCUUCAAGCGCACCUUUUAAUCUACUUUGGAUUAUCAAAACACUCGACAUCGCAGAUAAAUACACAGAAGAAUUCUGGAAAUAAAAGCACGAUGAAGAAGUCGUCGUUUGUACAUGAGUUAGACAAACCAGGGGCGGGUAUACGGGGAAUGGGUUGGUUUAAUAUCCACCCCUCCCCCUUUUUUGAGAAGAAAAUUGGAAAGUUGUUUCUUUUUAUUUUGUAUAAAAUAACAAAUAAAGUAUAAAACUUA